AGGGGGCCUGAAUCGACACGCGAGAGCCAUCACCACAAGACUACAAGGCGUCCUGUAAAAUGCAGUGGUAAUUGUAUCUACAAAAGUCGGUUACAAGAAUGUUUUAAGGUAAUACGUAUUCUGGCAGAUUUGGCCGAAUCAAGAUAGGUCAGAUUUUUUUUUACUACACUAUGUUGUUUCUAUUGUGAUUUUCAUAAAAAGAAAUAUCAUGGAGCAUCAUAACCUUACGUCAGCAGAGUCGGAUUUCUUAGCAAACAUUGACGAAAUAGAUUUGCAACCACCUUGUGAAACAGACCAAAGAAGUGAUACACCUGAGCUAGAUUUGUCAGGCAUUAACAAUGAUUUGCCGUCAACCAAUGCGUCUACAAGCCAAAUAUCAGAUUUGCUCAACAUUGUGAACAAUGCCUUGUUGGAGGGGGAAAACACAGACAGUCCUGAUACUCUUGCCCACUUGCAAGUUGUCGUAGAUGAGCUAAACAUUCAAAGUCAGAAUGAAGGUAGACAAAGUCCUACACUGAUCCCGUCACAAUUGCUAAACAUGAUAGCAGAAUUAAAUAACCAAGCUAACGAUAGCAGCGGGCGUAGCAGUCCUGAUAUUCCUGCUGAAUUGCUGAACAUGAUCCAAAAUCUAAAUACGCAGCCUCUGAUUGACCCAUUGACCGUUAAGCCUGUCGAUUCAGCGCCGGUUGUUAUUGAUGACAGCACACCCGUUCCACCGCCAUUUCAGCCUAACAACUGCUCUGUUAUAAUUGAUCACGAGAUAGAUGUUAUUGAUGACAGCACACCAGCGUUUCAACACAUACCCCACCAAUCUAACAACAGUUCUGUAAUAACUGAUCAGCGCGGCGGUUCUGUUGUAGUCAAUAGACCGCAUUUCAAUAAUAUUGAGGUAAGGCGGCAUUUAAAUAUACCAUCACAAACGAAUAUCAAUGAUUUUGCAACCUUUUACCUCCAGAUUGAGGAAAAAAUAGAUGACGUCUUGCGAGAGGUUGAUGCGCGAACACAGCCAGGUGACGUGAUUCAAGCUGAGUUAGUGGCUGGAAAUGAUAGGGCUCACAUUUACCAGCAAAAGAGUGACAUAAACUCUAUCAGAGAUAAUGUAUCGGCUCUGCUUGAACGUCUAGCUCAAUCAAAUGUAGAGCUUUUGGCUGAUGAGAGCUUAGAGCUUAUUGUCCAAAUCGUCACCCCAUUGCGUGGUGGAAUGCGUCGCCAAUUGAACGGUGUUAAACGCUGA